AUGUUUUUCUUUCUUUCUAUCUUUCUUUCUUUUUUUUCUUUCUUUAUUGCUUGCUUGCUUUCUUUUUUCUUCUCUUUCUUUCUCAUUCUUUUCUUAUUCUUUCUCUCUUUCUCUUCACCUAUUUCCAUUUUUCAUCAUCACGUCUUAUUCGCUUCUUAUCUCUUAAUUUCUCACUCUCUUUAUUCAGUUUUCGAAAUUAUUUGUUCUUUAUGUGCAAAAUAUUUUUUUUUUUUAGUCGUCUUUCAUGUUUUAUUCUUCCGCCAUUUUCGUCUUACAUUUUCAGUUUUUAUCUGCUGUUUUCCUUCAUAUUUCUCUCUCGCUCUCUUUCUAGCUCCUAUAUUCCUUGCUUAUUCUUCCCUUCACUUAUUUCGUGACAUCUUUCCUUCUUUUCUCUCGGUAUCAUCCAUUUUUUAUUUUCUCGACAUCUUUUCUCUUUCUUUUUCACUAUUUUUGCAUUGUUUUUCUCUCUCUCUCUUUUCUUUCUGUUUCAAUUGUCGCGCUUCUUUUUCAACAAGAUUUAAUUUAUCCACCUUUUGUUCUCUCUUAGGCUCUCUCUCUCUCUCUCUUUUAGUUCUUUCGUUUUUAUCGAUAUUCCCCGCGACUAUUUUCUUCUUACACAUUUCUAGCACUUACAAGAUGGCCGACCUAUUUACGGCUACAGAAGGAGAUGCUCAUUUUUCCUUUAACAGUCGAGAAAACCAAAAUAGGCAUUUCUCCUUAAAUAAAGCAAUAGAAAAGCAAUUAAGUCUUGCAUAUUAA